GAUGGGGGACACCAGAGGCUGGGUGAUGUGGGGAUACUGGGAGUGGAAGAGUGGAGGUCACUGAUGGCUGGGAUGGGCAGUAGGGGUCACUGAAGGCUGGAUGUAUGGGGGAACUGGGGAUCAGUGGACACUGGAGUAUUCUGGAGCUGGGCAGUAGAAGCUGGAGCACUGGGAAUAAGGGGAGUGUGGGGGUGUGUGCUGCUGAACAGACUCUAGUCAUUCAGGCUGAAACCCCCAGGUUAGGGCAGGACCCGUAAGAGCCUCCCAUAACCCCAAGCUGAGCGUUUUGCAGUCCUGGCUCCCCAGCCCUGACGCCCUGAGGAAAUGCAGUGUGUCAGGGGGGAUGUAUCCCCUUCACUUUGUCUGAGCAGGGCUGAGGUCAGCAGAGCUGGGGCUUCCAUGGAGCCUGCUUCUUCUGCCCCAGUCCAGAGACCCACGCAGGGAAGGUGCCCCCUUAGCUCUGCCUGUGGCCCCCAGGCCUGGCCUCUUAGGAAAUGACACCCAAUCCUGAUGCUGCCCUACAGUGCAACCCUGGCACCGGUUGGCAUAGGAGUGGGGGGUGCCCCUGUCUCAGUCAUCGCAGGCCCAGGGGGCAGCACUAAGAUGCCGAAACAAAGAUGACUGGCUGGCAAGGGGUGAUGGCUGUUGGGGUGAUAACACAGAGAUGGCUGCCAGGAGAGAUUGGCACAAUGAUGGCUGCCAGGGAGGAUGGGGGCUGCUGAUAGGGGAGACACAAAGAUGGCUGCCUGACAGGAUGCAAUGGCUAUUGAGGGGUAGGGUGACCAGAUGUCCCGAUUUUAUAGGGACAGUCCUGAUUUUGGGGUCUUUUUCUUAUAUAGGUUCCUAUUAUCCCCCCAAUCCCCUGUCCCGAUAUUUCACAUUUGCUGUUUGGUCACUCUAUUGGGGGAUGGAUGGAAACACAAAGAUGGCUGCCAAGGCGGGAAUGGUACAAAGAGGCUGCUGGCAGCCAUUUUGUGUAAUUCUUCUCCCAAGAUGGCUGAGCUGGAAUCCCAGGAUUCUGCCAGGGCCCAGACUUUCCCUGGGGCUGUGAAUUCUUCUCCCAUUCCUGGCGCCACCCUGACUGGCUGGCAACAUGGGGCAAGAAGCAUGUGGGAUCCAUUUGUGGCUCUGGAGCAGCAUCUUGGCGCCUGCUGUUUUCCUCCCUGUCCCUCCCAUGCCCUAGGCUUCAGGAGAAUUCAAGCCCCAACAUGACAAUCUUGUGUGACUGGCACUUGAUUACAGCCCUUGCCUGGCUAUAGGCCACGUUUGGUGGGCGUGGCUCCUGGUCUGUUUUGCUGAGUAAGGCAUUCCUGUUUACAGUGACAGAGCUGGAGCUCCAGGCGAGGGGCGGGUCGCGGAGGCGGAGGCGGAUCGGGAUAUAUCAGUGCCGGCUAAGGCGGAGCGCCCGUCUCAUAGUCAGAGGAGUCAGUCAGGCCCUAGCGAUACCCGGUGGCAUCUAGCCAGGCAUCAUGAGCCAGGACACAGAGGUGGAUAUGAAGGAGGUGGAGUUGAACGAAAUGGAGCCAGAGAAGCAGCCCAUGACAGGCUCCCCCGGCACCCUGGGCGAGAAGAACGGGAUGGUGAAGGUGCCCAAGGAGGAUGGUGAGGCAGAUGCUGGCACCAAGUUCACGGGGCUCUCCAAGGAGGAGCUGCUGCAGGUAGCGGGCACUCCAGGGUGGGUGCGCACCCGCUGGGCACUGCUCAUCCUCUUCUGGCUGGGUUGGCUGGGCAUGCUGGCAGGGGCCAUCGUCAUCAUCGUCCAAGCUCCCCGCUGCAAGGAGCUGCCUCCCCAAGAGUGGUGGCACAAGGGGGGCAUUUACCGCAUCCAGGCACUGGAGGCCUUCCAGGACUCGAAUGGCGAUGGAAUUGGGGACUUAGCAGGGGUGGAGCAGCGCAUCGAUUACCUGAGCUCCCUAAAGGUGAAGGGGCUGGUAAUUGGCCCCAUACAUAUUAACACCCCUGACAACCUGACUAGCACGGACCUGCAGACAGUGGACCCCAGGCUCGGCACCAAGGAGACCGUUGCCAAGCUGCUGGAGGCCGCCAAGAAGAAGAGUCUCAAGGUCAUCCUGGACCUGACCCCCAAUUACCGUGGCCAGAUGUCCUGGUUCAGCCCGGAGACCCCCCCCAACAGUGAUUUCCAGUCUAAAAUGAAGGCGGCGCUGAAGUUCUGGCUGGAGCUUGGCGUGGCAGGGAUCCAGAUGGAGGGAGUAGAGCAGCUCAAUGACUCUCAGCUUCUGGGGGAGUGGAAGAACCUCACCAGCCAGUACAGUUCUGAUGGCAAUGCCAGGGUGCUGAUCGCCUGGACGGGCCAGCAGGAUUCCCGGCAGAUCUUCUCCCUGCUGAAUGAGACCAGUGCUGACCUUCUGGUCAGCCCAUAUCUGCUGCGGCUAGAGCUGGAGCCCACUGGGCAGAAGGUGGAAAACGCGAUCAGAGCGUACAUCCAGGCUGCUGGAGAGAAGUGGCCCAGCUGGAGUGUGGGGGGCCCACGGAGGCACAUGGCCUCUCUUGUGAAGGAGCGGUUGCUGCGGCUCUAUCACAUGCUACUUUUCACGCUGCCAGGGACACCCUUCACCAACUACGGGGAUGAAAUCGGGCUGCAGGAGCCGCCCGGACAGUCCAGCGUAUCCCGCAUGCAGUGGAAUAAUUCGGCCAACUUUGGCUUCUCCUCAAAGUUUUUUCCUCAAGGUGGGGACAGCAGCGGCAGCAACAUCACUGUGGAGGCACAGAGUGGGAACAGCUCCUCACUGCUCUCCCUGUUCCGGCACCUGAGCGAGCUGCGGGGCAAGGAGCGCUCACUGCUGCAUGGGGAAUUCAUGAUGCUGCCCAGGCUGGUGCAGGAUGUCUGUGUCUACCUGCGCAGCUGGGACCAGAACAAACGCUUCCUGGUGGUCCUCAACUUUGCUGGCACCCGCAGCACUGUCACCAUCUCUCACUCUCUCCUGCCUCCCGAGGCCACUGUGGAGCUCAGCACUGACCCUCAGCGCCAAGGGGGGCAGCUGGCCCUGAAGGACCUGACAUUGGAGUCCUCUGAGGGGUUGCUGCUGCAUUUUCCCUAUGUAGCCUAGGGGAGAGGGCCUCCCCUGCAGGCCAGGGCCUCCCAAGUUCCAGGGAGGGGUAUUGCUCAUGUGAGUCUUACUAACACCCCCAGGGGCAGCACUGAGGCCUUGGGGCAGGAGGGGGGAGCUAGAGCCAUAAAGUAAAGAAGGCCCCUAGGUUCUGCUCUCCCGAGUCCUGGAUGUCUGUCCUGAUACACCCCACAGGGCCGGCUGGGGGAGGGGGGCCGGUGCUCAGUGUGCCCCAAUUCCUGCUAGCCUCACUUUGGCACCAUCCUCAGGGAUGCUAUGGGAAAUCUGAGCUGGGGUGAGGACUGGGCUCUAUGGCAUGUUUCCCCAUGGUGGGGGAGCAACUAGUUUUAGGGACCAAAGGGUUCAGGCCCCACGGGCUGCAGCUUCACCCUCCCACAAAGUCAUUCCAGCUCCUGAGGGGCUGGCCCACCCCUGCUGUCAUCCCACCCACUUGGGGUCACCCUCUCCUUUGAGUGCCCUGUAUGAUGGGAUAGGUGGGGAUGACUGAUCAGGACCAAGGGUCUGUCUCUAUCUCUCCUCCUCUUCCUCUCUCCCCCUCCCCAGGUUGUAAUGGCCAGUGCUGUGUGUGAAAUGGGACAGAUGUUUGGGUGGGGGAUGGAUGGCUUUGUGCUGGGCUCCUCCUGAGUGCUGCUGGCAUCAGCAUGGAAAUAAUAAAAGGCUCUGCUUAGUGA